AGAGGAGUGAGGCGCCGGGAGCAGAGGAACCGGGAUCUCGCCCCUCCAUGGCCGACAAGAUGAAGCAGCUCUUCCUCCUCUACCUCUUUGGGUUCAUCGCUCAUUCUUCCGAGAUUGAAGACAACAAAAUCCCCAGGCUCUGCUCGGGACAGCCAGGCAUCCCAGGCACCCCAGGCCUGCACGGGGGCCAGGGGCUGCCAGGCAGAGAUGGACGAGAUGGCCGGGAUGGGGCAAUGGGGAUACCAGGCGAGAAGGGCGAGAUGGGCCCUCCUGGCCCCCCUGGCCCCCGCGGGGAGGUGGGCAGCCCCGGUGUGGACGGCCUGCACGGUGAGAAGGGCGCACAGGGCGAGUGUGCAGUGGCCCCUCGAUCGGCCUUCAGCGCCAAGCGCUCCGAGUCGCGCAGCCCGCCGCUGGCCGACCAGCCCAUCCGCUUCGAUGUGGUGCUCAUCAAUGAGCAGGGCCACUACGACCCCGCCACGGGCAAGUUCACCUGUGAAGUGCCCGGCCUCUACUACUUCGCCGUGCACGCCACCGUGUACCGCGCCAGCCUCCAGUUCGACAUUAUGAAGAACGGCCAGUCUGUGGCCUCCUUCUUCCAGUACUACGGGAACUGGCCCAAGCCCACAUCGCUCUCAGGGGGCACCCUGGUCCGCCUGGAGCCCGAGGACGAGGUGUGGGUGCAGGUGGGUGUCGGGGACUACAUCGGCUUCUACGCCAGCGUCAAGACUGACAGCACUUUCACCGGCUUCCUCGUCUACUCCUACUGGCAAAACUCUGCCGUCUUCGCAUGAGCCCUUGCUGCGCGCCCCUUCCCUUGCUGUCGUGCUGAAACCAGGGCUCAGCCUCAGCCCGUGUUACAGCA